GGCCCCCCAAGAGGCCCCAGCCCGCGACCCUGGAGCGCUACAAGGCACGACGUUCAGACGCCAUGGACACCGAGUCCCAGUACUCGGGCUACUCUUACAAGUCGGGCCAUUCCCGCAGCUCCAGAAAGCACAGGGACCGCCGGGACCGACACCGCUCUAAGAGCCGGGAUGGGAGCCGUGGAGAUAAAUCAGUGACGAUCCAGGCUCCAGGAGAGCCCCUGCUGGACAAUGAGUCCACGAGGGGAGAUGAGCGGGAUGACAACUGGGGAGAGACCACAACGGUGGUCACAGGCACCUCCGAGCAUAGUAUCUCCCACGAUGACCUCACGCGCAUCGCCAAGGACAUGGAGGACAGUGUGCCGCUGGACUGUUCACGCCACUUGGGCGUGGCAGCAGGGGCCACUCUGGCGCUCCUCUCUUUCCUCACCCCGCUGGCUUUCCUGCUUCUGCCUCCACUACUGUGGCGGGAGGAGCUGGAGCCGUGUGGGACAGCGUGUGAGGGCCUCUUCAUCUCCGUGGCCUUCAAGCUGCUCAUCUUACUCUUGGGCAGCUGGGCUCUGUUCUUCCGCCGGCCCAAGGCCUCGUUGCCCCGAGUCUUCGUGUUACGCGCCCUGCUCAUGGUCCUCGUCUUCCUGCUCGUUAUCUCCUACUGGCUUUUCUACGGCGUGCGCAUCUUGGAUGCGCGGGAGCGCAGCUACCAGGGUGUGGUUCAGUUUGCUGUUUCGCUAGUGGACGCCCUACUCUUCGUACACUACCUGGCUGUAGUUCUGCUGGAGUUGCGCCAACUCCAGCCCCAGUUCACGCUCAAGGUUGUGCGGUCGACGGACGGGGCCAGCCGCUUCUACAAUGUCGGCCAUCUCAGCAUCCAGCGAGUGGCAGUGUGGAUCCUGGAGAAGUAUUACCAUGACUUCCCUGUCUACAACCCCGCCCUCCUCAACCUGCCCAAGUCCGUCCUGGCCAAGAAAGUGUCUGGCUUCAAGGUGUAUUCUCUCGGAGAGGAAAACAGCACCAAUAACUCCACUGGCCAGUCAAGGGCUGUGAUUGCGGCAGCAGCGCGGAGGCGGGACAACAGCCACAACGAGUACUACUAUGAGGAAGCCGAGCACGAGCGCAGAGUGCGGAAGCGCAGGGCCAGGCUUGUGGUGGCUGUGGAGGAGGCCUUCACUCACAUCAAGCGGCUGCAGGAAGAGGAGCAGAAGAACCCCAGGGAGGUGAUGGAUCCCCGGGAAGCAGCCCAAGCCAUCUUUGCGUCCAUGGCCCGUGCUAUGCAGAAGUACCUGCGGACCACCAAGCAGCAGCCUUACCAUACCAUGGAGAGCAUCCUGCAGCACCUGGAGUUCUGUAUCACGCACGACAUGACGCCCAAGGCCUUCCUGGAGCGAUAUUUGGCAGCUGGACCCACCAUCCAGUACCACAAGGAACGGUGGCUGGCCAAACAGUGGACAUUGGUGAGCGAGGAGCCGGUGACCAAUGGGCUUAAGGACGGCAUCGUUUUCCUCUUAAAACGCCAGGACUUCAGCCUGGUGGUGAGCACCAAGAAGGUGCCAUUCUUCAAACUCUCUGAGGAAUUUGUGGAUCCCAAAUCCCACAAGUUCGUCAUGCGGCUGCAGUCGGAGACCUCUGUGUGA